AUGGCCGCUUUACUGAUGCCACGCAGGAACAAAGGGAUGAGGACUCGACUGGGAUGCCUGUCUCACAAGUCCGACUCGUGUAGUGAUUUCACAGCUAUUCUUCCCGACAAACCCAACCGUGCUCUGAAGAGACUAUCCACAGAAGAAGCUACGAGGUGGGCAGAUUCCUUUGAUGUGCUUCUCUCCCAUAAGUAUGGGGUGGCUGCGUUCCGCGCCUUCCUGAAGACGGAGUUCAGUGAAGAGAACCUGGAGUUCUGGUUGGCCUGUGAGGAGUUCAAGAAGACCAGGUCAACUGCAAAACUGGUCUCCAAGGCCCAUAGGAUCUUUGAGGAGUUUGUGGAUGUGCAGGCUCCGCGGGAGGUAAACAUAGACUUCCAGACCCGAGAAGCCACGAGGAAGAACAUGCAAGAACCCUCCCUGACUUGCUUUGACCAAGCCCAGGGAAAAGUACACAGUCUCAUGGAGAAAGACUCUUACCCCCGGUUCCUGAGGUCCAAAAUGUACUUAGAUUUGCUGUCCCAAAGCCAGAGGCGGCUCAGUUAGACCUCAGAUGGGGACUCCUGGAGAUCACUGGCUUUCCCCUCCCCU